AUGUUGAGGAAGUUUCUUCCUCGACAAUCUACUGGUUUUCUGCAGUUCAGUACACGAAAAUUUAACCCCUGUAAUCUAUUUCUGUGUCGAAACUGUUCCUACAUUGAUCAAAACUUGGAGCCUGAAAUGGCAGGUGGAGGGACAGAGUACCACGAUUUUCCCAAAGAGGAAGAGAAAAUUUUGGAACUUUGGGGGAAGUUAGAUGCCUUUAAGACUUGUUUGCGACAAUCCAAGGAUAAACCGAGGUUAGAAUUGCGUACAUCUUGCUUUCUUGUAUAAAAUUAUGAAUUUGAUGCACGGAAACGCAAGGAAACAAAAAUGCAAGUGGUGAGUGGACUCCUUAGUAGAGAGAGGUCUGGAACUAGGAUAUUAUUUUCCUGGCCCCGGUUGUUCAAAAGUUGGAUAGCGCUAUCCACCGGAUAAAUCACGUAAGUAUUACAGAAAUCAAUUAUGCUAUCCACUGGAUAGUGAUUUAUCCGGUGGAUAGCGCUAUCCAACGUUUGAACAACCUGGGCCUGAUUUUACCCAAAUUUCUUUUUGUCGUAUUGUUACAGGAAUCCCAAUAUUGAAAGGGAAGUAGGUGGCACCUAUGAUGUCAUUUUUCUCCCUCAAUAGCAUUUGCUGUCAUUGGCUACUUCAUGGUAACAUGACAUCCAACAAUAAAAAACAGUAGCCAGGAUGAGUGCCAGACGUGGAUCAGUAAAAAUCAUAAAUACUGACUAGAAAAACAGGAAACUGAUCCGUAUAGCAAGAAAACUAAAAGAAAUAUUAAAAAACAAUGCGGUAAAGUUCAUUUGCAACGACCUUUUUGUUUUCAACACAUACCUUUCUCUGGGGGAUGAAAAAGGGGGAAAAAGGUUAAUGUUGCACACCCCAAUACCAGCCUAUUUUUCUACUUAAAUAGUAUCCACAAUUAAAAAGAAACUUUUUUCUGCCAUGACUUUAGUCUGAAAUUAGAGCUAUGUUAGUAUGCUGUUGUUCAUGAAUGUUGUUGUGGCAUAACAAAUAAGGGUUAGGGUUUAGAACUCAAACUGAUCCCUGUAUAAACUAACUUUUCUGAAUACAGUGAAACCUCUAUUAAGCCGCCACCUUCGGGACCUUCCCAAGUUUCUGCUUAAUAGAGGGUGUCCACUUAAUAGAGGCUGGUAAAAAUUGCGCAAUGUAAUAAUAAUGAUGAUAAUAGUUUAUUAACACUUCUGGCAGUCAAAAACUGAAAUACAGUACAAUUUACAAUUGGAUACUAAUAAUUAAGUCUAUUUACGAUAGUAAGUAUUAUAUACAAUAAUAAUGGAAUCAAGAAAACCUAAAAGUAAAAAAAGUCAUUUUCCCUCUUUGUCCUUUUCAUUGUUGUGGUGGGUUUAGUAUUUCCUGAUCUUAACUGAUUUGGGAUAGAUCUUGUCAUAACUUGCGGAGCUAAGAAAGAUUUGGGGUGGCUCUCAUUCCUCAUAUCUGCCAUCAACUUCUUACAUAUGAAUAUCCUGCAAUCUGUCAGUUCAAAUCAAGUCAGUUUGUUAACGAUUAACUUUCAACGGUUACUCUGUACUGUGAUAAAGUUCCAUGCAGGUUGUUGAGGAAGCUGUGCUGUACCUUGUGCAAGACUUUCGGUUUAAUGUACAGUUUAUUGACAGCUAAAUGUAUUUCUAUUAAUUGGCUACUGUAUGUAUUUCAAGGACAUAAUCCAAUAGUACUAUUGUCAAUUCAGUCCGGUGUCCGCUUAAUAGAGGUUAUCAACAAUAGAAAUUAGCCAAAUGCAAUAUAUUUUAGUGUCCCCGUGCGGUUAACAGAGGUGUCCUCUGAAUAGGGGUUCGUUUUAAAGGGACCCAGUUUAGUGUCCGCUUAAUAGAGGGUGUCUGCUUAAUUAGGGGUCUGCUUAAUAGAGGUUUCACUGUACUUUUAAGUCUUUAUAAAAGUGCCAUGCAACACUUUGAAAGAGUUGAUAUAUUUUGUCUUUUAUCCAGGUACUCCUUUUAUGAUGGACCUCCUUUUGCCACUGGGUUGCCUCAUUAUGGCCACAUUCUUGCUGGUACUAUUAAGGUAAAGAAAAUGGCAAAAGUUAAUUAUUGUCUUGUAAUAAAUUAAUAAUUAACUAACAGAACUCUCCUACUGGUGUUUGUUUGGGGCAUGAACUCCAUUGUAAAACUGGAUGAAGCUUUAUUACAUGAUAUUGAUAAAUUUUGUGUUUAUACAUAGGACAUUGUGACAAGAUAUGCCCACCAGUCUGGUUAUCAUGUAGAAAGGCGUUUUGGAUGGGAUUGUCAUGGUCUCCCUGUGGUAUGGUAUUCAAUUUUCUUCAGUACAUUUUGUUGUAGUAAGUAACAAAUACUUUAAGGUUUUUACAGUUUUCACCCCUGGGAACCUGUAGCAACGAGGUGACUUUUAUGAUGUUGGUAAGUAUUUUGAAUAAUAGGGUAACCUGUAUCUGUAAGCAAAGAGUGUCAGCAAUUAGCUCAGACAUUUGUUAUACUGAUGGACUGUUACCAUGAAAAUUGAUCUUUGAUAGAAAAAAUUCUGAGAACCUUGCAAAACUUCAUAUUUGCAGUGUAUCUCUUUUAUAUGUGUGUACAACAUAAUUACAUGUACCAACAAUGCUUUUUCUGACAUUAUUAUCCUUUCACAGGAAUAUGAAAUUGACCAGAAGCUGGGAAUUAAGGUAUAUUUCAUUAUUACCAUUCACAUAACAAAAAAUAGGGUGUUGUGAAUAAUGUGUAAACUGUUCUAUUUUGUUAUUGUUUGAAUAAGUUGACAAAUAAGUUAGAGUAUUUCUUUUGCAUAUGAAAAUAACAAAACAAAAUUGAAUUAGAUCAACCAAUGAGCAAAUGUGAAAGUUUUAAGAAAGGUGCUCAAGGCCCAACUAUUUCUACAUCUCAAGGGUCAAUACCUACAUAUCAGCGUGAAAGAGACAAGUCAUGAAGAAAAUGGAGCAUGAAUAACAUCGUAUUUAAACAAAUUAAUUUUUUGAAAAAAGCUACAGUAUUAAUAAUAUUGUUAAUUCAUUGUGUUGUAGAGUCCAGAUGAUGUUGAAAAAAUGGGAAUUGCCCAAUACAAUCAGGAAUGCCGAAAAAUUGUGAUGCGUUAUUCCAGUGAAUGGGAGGUAAUAUUUGUGAGUUAAUAUUUAAUACACUGGCCAGUGUUGACUUCUUUGUGGUAAAACCUGCUUGCAAUUGUCUCACAAGGACAUAUUUCAUAAGAGUGUCAUCUACUUGCCAUGUGCAGUACUGGGUGUCUUAAAAACAAAGACCCCUAACACCCCUAAGACUCCCACCGAAUGACUCUGAACUUUAUUGAUUAGGGUUAGGAAAUUGAGUGAAUCAGGUUCCAUUUACGUCAUUAUAGUUCAGAGUCAUUUGGUGGAGGGUCUUAGGGGGUCUUAGGGGUCUUUGUUUUCAAGACACACAUGCAUUACCUGCACAUGGACUUUUAAGAACCUUCUGCUACCUGGUGUCAGCGGUUUUAAAAUGGGACUGAUGAGCUUAAUUUCAGUCACUUCUGUUUGGUUUGUGUUGUUUUUGGUCCAGGUUUUUUUCUUCUAGUAUAGCCGUUACAGGUCAAAGUUAUUAAUUCAGGUUAAAAGGUUGAUUCUCAAUUUCUGUUGUCUCCUAGCUCUGGUUAUUCAUGAAUUAGGAGACAAAGGAACUUGAGAACCAACCUAGGUCAAAAAAUCUCAGCCUGAAGUUAAUUUUUACCUUUCAUUAGCCUGUAAAAUCAUGGCUAUGUUACAUGAUCUCCCCAAAAAACCUAUGAUAUUUGCGUAUGACCAUUUUCUGUUAUCUUUAAGUUUAUUGUCAAGAGGAUGGGGCGGUGGAUUGAUUUUGAGAAUGACUACAAGACGCUGUAUCCUUGGUUUAUGGAAUCUGUUUGGUAUGUACAUUGGCUCACAGGAAGUAAAGCAAAAUUCUUCUAACUUUAAUAGGCUCAUAUAAAUGCAUCUAAAAUUUUAUGGGUCGGUUAUUUAAAUGAUGUCUUACUUUAUGCCGCGGUUUAGCAAAUCUUUGGACCUCCAGAUCUCUUCCAUAGUGGGUUACUUUAAGAAAAUAAGUGCUUUUCCAGGCUUGGCCUUUUGCUUUCAUGAAACUUUUCUUGAUAAAUAGUGUUACGAUAAAAGUGUUGGGCAAACUGGAAAUGGCUUAGAACAUGGUUUUGUUAGAUACUGCCUAAACUCUGAUUAAAUAACUGGCCCUAUAUGUUGUAGUUUUCAAAAUAAUUGACAAAAUCUUUCUUUAGGUGGACAUUCAAACAACUGUAUGAUAAAGGAUUGGUUUAUAGAGGUUUCAAGGUAUUGUUAGUUCUGGUCAGAAAUUUAAAAAAAUGAUUAAUUGUUCUUAAGUGUACAUGUAUACUUGGUAUUUUUAGUGGUGAGUGCUUACCACAACAAACAACUGAUCCUUUGACUUUUCAUUAUUUUUUUGCUUCAAUUCUUAUAUGUUCUUGUUAGGUCAUGCCAUAUUCUACAAGGUGCAAUACUCCACUAUCAAACUUUGAGGCCAACCAAAAUUACAAGGACACCAUGGAUCCCUCUGGUUAGUACAAUGUUACAGUGACACAACAACAACGACAACAACAACAACAAUGAAUAUACUUAUAAGUCAAUAAAAUCAUCAGAGUCAAAGAUUUUCCUGUGGUAAGUUCUACCGAAAAAGACUUUUUCUAAUAUGGGUACAUGUAAAAAAGUUGACAAGUUAAAAGCUGUAGCAAAACAAGUUUAGAGAUUACUUUAACAUGAGGAAGUUAUUUACUUUCAAUUAUAGAGCACUAGCUAUUGUUUUCAGAAUCAUUAAUUUUUUAUUUUAAUGUAGUUAUUGUACACUUUCCCUUGGAUGACAAUCCUGAUGUUAGUAUGAUUGCAUGGACGACCACCCCCUGGACUCUUCCUAGCAACCUUGCUCUUGUUGUGAAUCCUGAUAUGGACUAUGUCAAAGUGAAAGGUGAUAUAUAAAUUAUAUAUUUACACUCUUAUUCUUAUUAUGUACACAUUAAUCACCUUCCAAAUUGUUUGUCAAACUGGUGAACGCCAAUGACAUGCAUCUCACGUAUAUCAUUGAUAAUGAUGUCAACAGCACUGAAUCAUGUGUUGAUGAGGACCUACUGGCUAGAUCAAUGGUUGUACAUUGUUAUCGGUGCGACUGAAAAGUAAUCAAUUGUGUUUGAAAUACCUUGAGAGCUGAAGUUUUAGUUUGACUACAUGGUACAUACUUGAUACCAAAACUUAAAACAGGUUUAUAAACUGGAAAGUCAUAGGUUAGUGACAUGGGGAGGCUAACUUUAUGAAACUUGUCUUGAUACUUGCAGACAAUGGUACAGAAAAUACCUACAUUAUGAUGGAAGCUAGACUUGAUGCUUUAUUCAAAAAACCUGAGGAGUAUACUGUAAUAGAAAGGUUUGCAGUCAUUAUAAGACACAAUUACAGCAGAACAUCAUGUAGUAUUUCUUGCAUUAUGUUACAGCAAAAAAAUGACAACUUGCUACUAGGUGGAUUUUGAUAUUUACUGCUCAAAACAGGAAAACUGUAUUAAAUCAUUCAAUUCUUGUUGAAAAUCUACUACUUGAAAGGUGUUUAGCAUAGCCUGCGUAGCAUGGCGGUUUCGUCGAGCCGGGCGCAGGAGCGGCGUAGCCGCGAAAUUCGCGCGCGAAGCACGCGAGAGCGAGCGGCGAAGCCGCGAGAAAAAUAAAAACCGCCUGCCCGGAUUCGUGGCCUUUUCAACUGCCGCCCCCUUCAACUAAUUUUGACAUCCUGUUGACAACUUGUUUGGUUUCAGUUUUCCCAGCCAAUCAGAAAUAAAGUGUUGACAGCCUAAACAUGACACAAAAGCUCGUGAUAUAGUGUAAAACGUGACCUUGGCCGGAAUUGGAGUUUGCUUGAACAAACACGGGUUUUUUCUUUGUGGCUAUCUCGUGCAUAGGUGACUACACUGCGUUCUAAACUUAACUGAGUAGAUCUUAUUUUUGCUGCUCUAAGUCUUACAUUUAUUUAGAGGUCAUGGAGUUGGUUUGUUUAAUCCGUAUUGAGUAAUUAUUUCCUGUGGUUAAUGUUAUUUUCGCUUAUUAGAAUUUGUUGAUCUCAGAUGCAGUUGUAAAGUACUAAUUUCUUUGACCACUGGUAAACAACCAGAGAAAAGCGCCCUGGGGACGAGGUUGCACUCUUAAAGCCUAAAGCUUUUUAUUACGGCUAAAUAAAUAUUUUAGUUUCUUUGGUCUUUUCCGACUAAAAUGCCUGGAUCUGGACAACUACAGACCAAGGAGCCUUGGUUUGUAGUUUCCUUGUCACUGCUUUGUCCGUGAAUGUUUUGACGCUGGGCCCGGCUUUUUAAGUGUUGUUUGCAGGAUGUUGUAAUUUUACGUAUAGCGCGAUCUUCAGAUUUGAGUUGUAGCUUAAGCUACACCUAGGAAAAAAGUAUGGAGAAUUACGCUGUGCGUCUUUCUUCUACCGUAUGCGUGCGGACACCGUUCGAUGUAUUGCGCUGGCGUGCGUUAUUCUCUAACACCGAGUAAUAGAGAAAAUUGAGGUGAACUUUCUCGAAGCACUGAAAUUUACUGUUUCUGUAAUAAGGUCCAUUGCUUUACAGCUCAGCGACAACAUUUGAGGUAUCUGGUCGUCGAUAGUACUUUUUAGAGGGGAAAUUGUGAUCAUACAGGUUUUCGAUGACUAGGAUAUUUCUUCUUUGGCCAUUGCAAAGACAGUAAAGAUCAUGCUCUUGCCAAAUCUUGUUGAAAAAAAUUUCCAUGACAUCUCUCCUUUGAAGAAGACUGUAAAUGGCCAUUUCCUGUUUAGGCUUCAAUACAAUUGCCCUGUUUUCCCGUCAAAUAUUCAAGAUCAACGACGCUCCGGUCAACGCUUCUUUGAUAUUUUGAUUUUGUUUUACGGAGACGAUUUGUUCAGUCCCUCGAAACUCUCCCAUGGGAGAUUACCAAAAUACUUGAUUGACAGGCGAACAUUCCGAACCAAUCGUAACGAUCCGUACGCUGGCGUGCGGACCGACUCAAAAAAGCCCCCCGUCCGUGCAGGCGGUUUUUCAAGUUGCUUCCGCCCUAAUCUCCUCGCGGUUUCUCUGCCCUCGCCCGCCUUUAUUACUUAGCGCGCCCAACCAAAACCGCCAUGCUACGCAGGCUAUGUUUAGCACAGAUACCAUGAAUUUUUCAAGAUCAGGCCCAGGCUUGGUGCUUUGUAGAUAGUGCUUGGUUAAAAAAAUCAUGAAAAUAAAAGCAUUUUUUUCCAAGCAUGAAAGUCAUGGUUGUUUAAUUGUUGGUCAUAGGAAGUUGUGGAACAUUAAAUAGGCUUGGUGGAUUAAUCACUGGGAAUUUCAACAGCAUGCGUAAGUGAACCCAAAAGCUUGCAUGUGUGGAACCAAGUAAUAAACAAGCAUAGUUUGGAAAAAUUUUCAGAAAUGGCAGCCACAUAAACUAAAGGUCAUGGAAAAUUUGAAAAUGUAAUAAGAAGACAGAGAAUUUAAGAGCUCGAAACAGCAUGAACCCUGUACUCGUAAUUUUUUGUCAUUUAUAAAAACUAUUUGUUUCAACAGAUUUAAAGGAGCAUCCCUGAAAGGAAAGACCUACAAACCUCUCUUCACUUACUUCCAAGAUGUCAGUGUAUAUUUUUAUUGCUAUUUUGAUGAAAGAAAUUGUGAAUGAUGUUUAGCCUUACCUGUUUCAAGUUUGAAAGUUACUAUAAGGAUCCUAUAGACCCAUUUUAUUCUGUGCCAAUCUAAUACCUUUAGGAUGAAUGUAAAUAUAUUUUGUAUUUUUGUAUUUUAUUUUUACUCCAUCCUAUAGAUAAUACAUCAGUUGUACAAUAUUAAUAAGUACAAGGUUGUUUAAACUACGUGUACAUAAUGUUUGCAAGAAAAAAAAAUUAGAAUGGAGGGCACAUUAUAGUAAAACUAAUUAUGGCCCUGUAGCAAGAUUGACUUUAUUCUAUUAUAGCUUUGUUAUUCAUUAAAACAAAAAUAUGCACGCACGCACCCACAUACACACGCACACAACUCAAUAUUGAGCAAGAUAAUAUUUUUAAGUGCCUUUUUGAACAGGAUUUUCGAUGAUUUUAUUGCAAAUAGAAAAAGGGAAAUCAUUCGAGUAGUAUUUUCCAGUGACAGUGGGGCAAAACUUUUGAAUAUUAAUUCUCGAGUUGGGAAUAUGUAAUUUCUGAGCAGAUGCACUUUGUGUUAUUCUGGAUUACCUGAAGACAUUCCAGUCCAUAAAGAAACUGCUGACCUCAUCUUCCAAUUUGUCAACUCUGGUCAUGGCCACGUGGACUUCACCGUUUAGAGUAUCGAACUUUAGGUUAAGCCACUCUGUAGUUCUUUCGAGUUAUUGUUCGAAGGAUUUCAAGUCUUCUCUCAAUUUUACUUGAUUGUUCUUCAUGGUUUUGACAUCCUGUCAAAUGGUUUCCAGGCAGUCCUUCACGUAUGAUUCAAAACUAUCGUCUUUCACGUCUUGCUUCUUUCCUCUCUUUGGCAUAUUCAAAUAAAAGACACCAACAGGAACUCUUACAUGAAAAACUAAAUUAUUUAAACACACAAAAAAGGCAACAAAUAACACUAAACUAUACUAGCCAGCUUCAAAAGACGUGGCCAUCAUCAUCACUGACCGCUGACCUUGUUAAUAUGUAAGGUAGAAGGUUAGACAAGACUGAUUGUUAUUAUUGUUUUUUUAGUUUAAAGAUCAAGGAGCUUUCAAGGUGCUAGUAGAUGGUUAUGUGACUGAUGAAAGUGGUACUGGUGUUGUCCAUUCUGCUCCAGCCUUUGGUGAGGUUAGUGUAACUUGCAGUCAUAGUAAAAUCAAUGUUUUUUUAUUGUAUGUUUUUUUUUUAUAUAUGUGGCAUUAAGCUGUUUGUUUUUGGUUCUGUGACUCUGCUUGUGGUGCUAAAUAUUUUUUGAAAUUCUAUUGUUGUCCAGGACGAUUACAGAGUUUGUUUGGCCAAUGGAAUCUUACAGAAAGGGGGCAAAAUACCUUGUCCAGUGGAUCCAAGUGGAAAAUUCACCGAUGAUGUGUCUGAGUUCAAAGGACAACAUGUCAAGGUAUGUAAGCCUGGCCAGUAUGCAUGGUGCACACACUGGUAAUUUAUUUUUUGGACAGAAUGUUUUGUAAGUAUGCCCCAAGUAAUAGGGAUUCUAUAACUGAUACAUAACACAUUGUGAUUGUAAUGUGACUUAUUUCUUGACGGUAGGAUGCUGACAAGAAUAUCAUGAAGUGGCUGAAGCAGCAAGGCAGACUAGUACACCAAAGCACUCAUAAACACAGCUAUCCAUUCUGUUGGAGGUGUGACCGAUUUUUCUUUAAGCCCGUUGUAGCCAUAGUCUUAAUCAUAGUCAUAAGCCUGACAGAAUCAGAAUGUUUUUCUUCUAACUCUGCAUAUGAUUAAGUGAAAACCAGAUUGGCAGAGUCAGAAGCAGAAGCAAAAGGGGAAGAAGGAGGUUAAACCAAAUUAUAAGAAUGCUCGUUCGCAAGUAUAGUGAUUGGUUAAAAUUCUCCCACUUUUGCUUGUGACUUUGACAAGCUGGCUUUAACUAGACUGUGAGCCACAGAGUUGUUAAAAGAAAUUAUUUUGCCAAAAAAUGUUUAAAUAAUAAAAAUAAUAGUUGUGCCAUGUGAAAAUGCUGCCAAAUGGUGAGAACUGCCUGGUUUUUUUAUGCAGAUCUGACACACCACUGAUAUACAAAGCUGUUCCUGGAUGGUUUAUUCAUGUUGAAUCUCUUGUGGACAAACUGCUGGUCAAUAACAAGAAAUCGUACUGGUAAGUUAGUGUGCCUAUUCUUCUUGCUGUCUUAAAAUUAUUAUUCUCAUUCUGUAAAUACCAUGUAAUCAACUUUGUGGAGUAAUUUCGGUAAAGUCUUCUUUAUUUAAUUAGCUAAACCUGCAUAUAUAUAGAUUACAGGCAGACUUGUUUGCUACAUUGUAAACCCUGUCUCCUAUGGUUCCUCCAUUCAUACAGGGUUCCAGAAUUUGUGCAGGAAAAGCGCUUUCACAAUUGGCUUGAAAAUGCUCAUGACUGGAAUGUGUCACGCAAUCGUUACUGGGGUACACCAAUUCCUCUUUGGGUCAGCGAUGAUUUUGAAGAGGUAUGUUCAGCAUUAAACCAGUUCUGCAUUUUACAUGGUUGAAUGUGCAUAUCUGUUGUGGCAAAAUUUAUAUGUCAAAUUUAUUUGUAAAACUUCUUUGUGUAGCAACUUCUUGUGAUGUAAAUAGCUCAACAGUGACUGUUCCUUUAUGAAUCAACAGGUUGUUUGCGUUGGAUCCAUUGAUGAGUUGGCAGAGUUAUCAGGAGUGAGAGUCACUGAUCUACAUAGAGAAAGGUGUUUAAAUUCAGUUUUUUGUAGUCAUUUUAUAUAUUCAUUUUAUUUAGUCUUUGAUAUCUUGUAAUUUAAUGUACUUUUCAUAACAGGUCCACGACAGUAUUCGGUAGCAAUUUUUAAUCUAUUUUAUCAGAUAUCAAAAUAAAUUGAUGUAUUUACAUGAAUAGUGUGGCUGUCAUUAGCUUACAAAUUUAAAAAGAAUUCAUUAAGCGGUAUCACCAAGUCUCAGAGCCAGACUAAAUUGUGUCCUGUAGCAGUAUUUAAAAGUAACAAUGAAAAAGAAAAGAAAUGAGAAGAACACUAAGUGUUCUUCUCAUUUCUCAUUUCAGACGCCCUCAAGUCUUGAGGGCAUCUGUAUCCCUAACCCUAAUAUAGUAUCAUGAGUGAUUAGUCAUUUUUUAUUAGAAUGGCAUGGAGUAAGUAGUUUGUAUUAAUUUAACACUAUGUGUAUUUGCCUAUAUUCAUUUAUACCCCCUUCAGUGUAUGUAUAUUGUACAGGUCUACUUUGAUUUGAGAAAAAACUUUAAACCUGCAACAUAUAUACCCUGACCUGCAACAUAUAUGUUGUAAAGAGUGAAAUAUUUUUUUCAACAUAAGAAGAGAAAUUUUGUAUCUCCAAGCAACAAUGUAAUGUUCUAUUUAUUAUAUAAACACCAAUGAAAUACCAAACCCUUUAACUAAAAAUAGUUUUUUGGUCAGAAGGUGCAGUUUAUUAUGAAACUGUACCAACGGUGAUAUUUUCACAUGCAAAGAUAACAUGUUAUUUUCACAUGUGAGAAUAUCAAGUUUUUGCGCGAAAGCUCACCUGGUAUUUCAUUGGUGUUUAUAUAAUAAACAAGUUUCAUAUAACAUUAUGUGACUUACUUUUCAGUGUUGACAGCAUCACCAUCCCAUCAAAAACAAACAGAGGAGUUUUAAGGAGAGUGACUGAAGUGUUUGACUGUUGGUUUGAAAGUGGAAGGUACUGUAGUAUCAGACUGUACUGUGAUCAUCACCAUACGCUGCUGUGUGGUCAAUGCAUUUUCUGUUGCUUGAAAUAAUUCUGCAUGUAUGAUCAGACCAUAAGAAGCAAGGGGAGACGUCACAAUUUUGGUGAAAGCAUUGCAAGAUGAUAGUAACAACAACAAAAAAACAAAAGCUGAUAAGUUUUUGGUGUUUUUGUGCAAUGUUUUUCAUUAUGGCUUUAACUACUGCAAGGGUAAUUGCCUUUCUGUCCAUUUUCAGUGCUUGGAACUUUUUUCUGAUGUAAUAACGUUGUAAAUGAAAGGGUCUUUCUUUUUCUACAUCACUUGUUCUGUCAUAUUGUCUGAUCAAUAUGACUAAGGGACAAGAAUGAAUGAUUGGUGCCAACUUUUUUAUUUGCAGUAUGCCGUAUGCGCAGUCCCACUACCCAUUUGAAAAUAAAAAGGAGUUUGAAAAAUCAUUUCCAGCUGAUUUCAUUGCUGAAGGAAUUGAUCAAACAAGAGGAUGGUAAGAUAAUUUAAUCUGAAAUAUCUUGUACUCUAUAACUUGUUUAGUUGUAAAUGUUGUUGCUAUACUGAGUACUUCACAAUGUUUAAUUUUGCAGGUUUUACACAUUGCUUGUUAUCUCAACUGCUUUGUUUAAUGAGCCACCGUUCAAAAAUCUUAUUGUCAAUGGACUGGUUCUUGCUGCGUGAGUCAACCUUUUUUUUCCCGAUUGCCUUACCCUUUUCAGAGGCUGUUUAGUAAAUAAUCAUUUCUUUGGUUUGUUUGUUUGCUUUUUUCUCUUUUGUGUCAGCAUAACUUUUGUAUUGAUUUGUUAUGAUUGACAGGGAUGGAGCAAAAAUGAGUAAGAGAAAAAAGAAUUAUCCUGAUCCAAUGGAAAUUGUCAACAAGUAUGGGGCUGAUGCAUUAAGGUGGGUAGGAUUUAACCAACAAUGUUAGAGAGGCAAAUAAUAUAAUACAACCGUAUUAAUUUAUUUCAUGACACCCAUCUGUGUUUAGUGGCAAAAAUCUGUUUUUUGCUUCAUUCUAUUAUCACUGAAUUAGGCAUCACAGCUUGACUUGACAGCUUGAUUAGAUGUUGUUACAGUAGCUGGCUCUCUUUAGUGCCAUUCAAAAUCAACCUGCUUAAGGUAGUAGAAUUUUGUUAGUCAUGGCAAUAUUAUGAUACAGACCCUAUAAGGUACAUUUUUUGUUUUGAUUUUUGUAAGGUUGUACCUAAUCAACUCGCCAGUGGUCAGGGGGGAUACACUUAAGUUCCAAGAAAAAGGAGUGAAGGAUAUUAUCAAGGAUGUCUUUUUACCUUGGUACAAUGCUCACAGGUUUCUUCUACAAAACAUAGAACAGUUGGAGAGGGUAAGAGUGACUGACAACUGUCUUUCAAUAAUAUCAUUCUAGGUGUAAUUUACAUGAAACUAAUGUUUUAAACAAAUAAAUUACGUUAUUGUGGCAACUGUAAGUUCAACUGUAUUAGAUGGAAGAUAGCUUUUUGUUGUGUUUUCACGCAACACAUCCCACGAAAGAACGUUGCAGGCAACAAUCGCCAGUCAGGAAACUGUUGCCCUGCCGGCAUAACAUACUUUAUUGUACAAAGUGAGCAUGAUGCGCGGGGGAAAUAGGGACUUUAAGAAUCAACGAUGGAACAGCAACGAGAACGUCAAAAAACCAAUAGGUUUAGUAAGCAACACAACAACUUUGCACAUGCAGUACACUUUUUUGUACAUUUCUUUGCCGUUUUUGCAAGACUGCGACGUGAAAAUGCCCAAUUUCGCGUUUUAAGGAGAACGGAAAUAGGCAACGACAAGAUCUUAUUUUUCUUUCUGAACUUGGAUAUGGUCCCUAGGAACUCAACUCCAGUUGGGCCCGCCUACAUUUGACAAAGUAAGUGGGUAGGAAUAAUCGCGAUUCAGACUAAAAGAGCGCAAAUUGACUUUUUAAGCGACGUUCUUGUUGCUGUCGCGUCGUUGGAUCUUAAACUCCCUAAUGUAAAAGAUAACGAGUUUGGGAAGGAAACUCGCGAGAACAGACGUACUCAAUUGUUCCAGUUAUAAGCUAUCUUAUCUGUUGGAUCAAGUAGUUCGUCACUGCAUUCGUUCUUGUGCCGGCACCAAACACUUUGCUGCUGUUUUGAUCCUUUUACAACAGGAAGGGCACAAGUUUGUUCAUGAUGAAGUCCUUCUGUUAAACCUGGAACUGAAUACCCUUGAUCGCUGGAUUUUGUCGUUUACACAGAGUUUGGUUUUAUUUGUUCACCAAGAGAUGGCUGGUAAGUGCGGAAAUCAGUCAGUGCUCUGGGAAACUAAAAUACGUUUGCAUUAAUAUUAGGCCGGGUAUUUGGGUUUGGUGCUCGCGGCAGUUGUUUCGAAAUGUGCUUUGUCCUUUACGUAAAAGAAUUCAAAAAGGUUACUAUUUCUAUCAAGUGCUUUAUCCAGUUAAGUUAAUGUUUGACUGGGUGUUUUGUGUUUUAGCAUAUCGUCUGUAUACUGUUGUUCCUCGACUGGUAAAGUUCAUUGACUAUCUGACGAAUGUCUAUGUGAGAAUGAACCGGAAGAGGAUUAGGGUAUGAAACAAGUUUUACUUUUCACGAGAUUUUUACUUCCCUGAAAAUUUUACAAGCGGACAUAAUCUGAAUAAAACUCCCUAGAAGUUGGAAUCUUCGUUUUAUUCCGUAAGUUUUGUUCUUGUUCAAGACAGCGAGAUACUCCCGAGUUUUCUUGCGCUUUUUCUAAUUAUUCGCAAUCGCGGUAUUUCACUCAAGUGAUCAAUUUUCAAUACUCUAGGUUACAGACAACUUACGUGCUCGUGAUCUGACUUGAAUAAGAAUCUUGUUUGUUUAUUACUGUUGUUAUUCUCUCUGAAUGGCACUGUGCUGCUGUGCUUUCAGGGUGACUGUGGAGAUAAAGAUCGUCACGAGGCUCUUCAGACACUUUUUAGUGUCAUCUUUUCUAUGACAAGACUAAUGGUAGGGUAUGCCAUUUCUCCAUUACCAUUGCCAUUUUUCACCAUCUCAUGUAACUGGAUUAAUGUGAAUUUUAGAAAAUAUUAUUUUAAUAUAUGCGGUGUCAGAAGAAACAAGUAGCAGAUUAUUGAUAACUGAAUUUUUUUGUGUACUAUUCCUGCCUUGUUAAUCCAUUCUUGGGGAGACGGAAGUAAUGGUAAUGGGUUUGACGAUCUUUUGCAGGCAUCUUUUACUCCAUUCAUCACUGAACACAAUUACCAGGCACUGCGUCCUUACAUCCCAGAGAGCAUGAACUCAGAAGAAACACAAAGCAUUCAUUACCUAAUGAUCCCGCAUGCAAGGUAAUUUACACACAGGCACUGAAAUUGUAUAAUUUCGCAUUAACUGAAACGGUUAUUUGCUUUAGACGCAGACAGUUUUGAUUUACUUUAUUUAUCAGCGCGUUUUCUUUUUAAGAGAAAAACUCAUUGACAAAGAGAUCGAAAGGAGAGUGGCUCUCAUGCUAACCGUAAUCGAGCUUGGCCGAGUUGUAAGAGAACGAAAAACUCUGCCUAUCAAGGUAAGAAAUGUCAAUUUUAGGUAAAUUUUAGGUUACAUUGUCAGUUUACUGAUUUGAUAGCAUUUUCCUGAAUAUUUCGGUAACUCUGUUCAUUUACCUACCCGCUUUUCUGGACACAGGCCUGCCCAGAGGGAAUGUGAACAAACGGGACUCAGGUCCUAUGCGAGGUGUCAUCCCUACCCAAUCCCACAACCCGUAAGGGUUGCCCUCACAGCUGGGGUCUAGAAACCCUACUCUAUUCGAAAAGUGAUGUGGGUUCUUUUAAGAACAAAUCAGUGAAAGUGCUGUGAGAGGGGACCUACGGUUUUUCAUCCUUAUCCGAGAAAACUAGAUAGUCUAACCAUUUGCAGAUGUCAUUACAAAGGCAGCACUUUCUUCUCAGUUAUUUAAAGACCCUGAGUGUUGGUCCGGCCGGGGUUUGAACCCGCGACCUCCCGCUCGGCAGACCCGCGCUAGCCUGCGAAAACAUCCGUUUCUCCACGCUCUUCGCCGCUAAGGACGUUUCGCGCGAAACGUCCCCAGCGGCGAAGAGCGAGGAGAAACGGAUGUUUUCGCAGGCUAGACCCGCGCUCUCCCAACUGAGCUAACCAGGCGACGGUUAAAAAAGGAAACUUUGAACCAUAAGUAGGUUGAGUAUGAUCCUCCGGGUGAACGUAGUCCUGAAUAGGACUGUUUUUGUUGACAGUGACUGGCGUUUCGACAACCUGUGCGGUAGUCAUCUUCAGAGUCAAAGUGAGUUGUAUCACGUCGGUAACCUUUCCUUUCCUCUCAGCCCGCCUCAUCUAGCUUUUGCUAUUUGCGGGCGGAGAUCCAUGGCAAAUUGAUGUGUAUGAAAAUAAAGUAUAGUGUAUAGUGUAACUGUCACACACUCGCACUCUCUCAAAUCAUGCACCGCGAGCGAUUUCUUCUUCAUGAAGGUGAAGAGUGAGUGGAUACAACACUCGCAUUUGAUUUCCAAAAAGUACUGUAUCAUGGGUAAUGAUAUGAUAUCGCAGGCUCAGUACACUCCAUACCACUUUUGAGGCUGGUGGGUAGGAUAAGCUAUGGUCACAGUGGAUCCGCUGACCAAUUUUUUCGACUUGGAACCUUGUAAACUUUUUUCUUUAACUAAACGCUUGGGUUGUUGUUUUGUUUUGUUAGUACCCACUUCCUGAGCUUGUGGUGAUUCACCAGCAGCAACAGAGUCUUGAAGAUGUGCUGUCUCUGGAAAGCUACAUUAAGCAGGUAUGGCCGCCACCGUAUUACGCAGUAGUUUGUUUAAAGAUGUGUGGCUUUUAAUUCUCCUCCUCUCUAAGUUAUACUUUUAUUUACCUCUUAAUUCCUUGGCAGGAGGUGAAUGUGAGAAAGAUUACAGUAUCUUCUGACAAACAAAAGUUUGGAGUGCGACUCAGGGCUGAGCCAGAUAAUCAGGCUUUAGGGCGAAGGCUGAAAGGUGCUUUCAAGGAAGUAUCUCAGGCAAUUAAAGGUACCACAUCUAAAAUUUGAAGUUAUUAAUAUUCAUGUGUCCUUGAAGGAUAUUAAGGACUUAAUGUAUUCUACAGUUAAUAGCCCUCCUAACUCUUUUUGGCGUGUUUUAACCGUUUCAGUCGCCGUGUAGUCUAACAUAUUGCUGAAUUUGACAGGUUUGUCGGAUGAGGAAAUAGAGGUUUAUCAGGAUAAAGGAGAGCUGUUGGUAGCCGGUCACUUGUUGUCUGGAUCAGACCUAAAGGUAUAGUUCAGUCUGACCUGCAUACAAUGCGCUGAGACUAAGAACUGAAUAGUAUACACUCACUUGUAUCUUUUACCAACAGAUUAUGUACUCACUUGAUCAAAGUGGCUCAACUCCUUCUGCUUAUGAAGCGCACUCAGAUGGCGAGGUUUGAACUCUUCUUUUGAAUUUUUCCCUUUGCUAAAAGACCCGCUGAUUUAAACUGUCGUUUGCUAUAUAACUUACGUAUUGUCUGCUUUGUGCGGAUCCAGGUACUGAUUUUAUUGGACACUACUCCUGAUCAAUCUUUGCUUGCUGAGGGUGUCGCACGUGAAGUUGUUAACCGUAUUCAGAAAUUACGAAAAAAGGUAACGUCUUUUCAGUUCUUUACUUCAGCCGGUAAAACGAAAUUUCUGCGCGGGUUCUUUCAGUUGUCUAAGGGUUAAACACGGCUUUUUCCUCAAGCGAUUUAAUCUGUAGCCAUAGUAAUCUUUGUAACCGUCAACAUAGUAGCUCGAAGAUGAAGCAGAGAAACAAAACAAAAGUGUUCUUAUAUAACGGAUGCUUCUUUAAAUUUUUGUGUUACAUCCUGUCAAUACGUUCAGCCUCAUUCACAGGUUUUCUGUACUUCUCGCAGUAGUAUAGUAGGCAGUUAUUUAACCAUAGAUUUGUAGUAUUAUCCGAACUAAGAACCAUAACGAUAAAAUACGAAAUUUGUAGGCCAAGCUCCAGCCCAGUGAUGACAUCACCAUUGUAUUUGACGUCACGCAAGGUGAACAAGACGCUGUCAAGGCCUUAAAUGACGUCAUGGCAUCACACAAAGAAUACAUAGAAGACAGUGUGAAGCAACCUCUUGUGCCCAGUACCCUCUCACCUUCUCUUUCGGAGAUAAUCCAAGAAAACACGGAGGUACAGUGUAUUCCCUCAACAAAUCUUGCAAAUUCCAGAAGUACGGAGGUCAGAGUCUUUACUUUUACUUUUUUUAUAUAGGUGAAAGGCGCUGUGUUGGUGCUUAAGUUGCUGCGGGGUCAUCAGGGAUCAGAACUGAAUACACAAGAGAGCUCAGGAUCGCCAGUGUGUGGUUUUGUCAACGUACAGCUAUGCGGAGUGACCGGCAAGCCUCUUCAGGGGACUGUUCUACUAGAGAAUCCCCGCGGGACCACAGCUAUGAAUCUCAAUCAACUUCAGCGACAGGUAACAGUUUCAACAUCACGUUCUCAGUUCUAUUGUGUUUAAUGUCACAUACGUCAGUCAUCUCUUACUUUUUAUGAAGUACUGUGAAGUUUUGUGUAUGCCCAGUUUGUCUUUACAACCCGUUUAGUUGAUGCACAAAUUCCCAGUUGUUUUUGUCAUUGAUUUUAGUCUUUUGUUGCAUCAUUCAUUGAGUUAGCGUGUGUCCUUAUUUGAAACAGGUGGCCAUAAUGUUCAGUCAACCUGAGAAUGCUGUAAAACUAUCUCUGUCAGCUUCUUGUGACUCCGGUAAGAUUUGCCGCGGCUGUUUAUAGGCAAAAGUUAAAAACAUUAACGGGACCCUUUUGACAAAAGCAGUUUAACAUUCCUUAUGUAUCGAGGAAGGGAACAAAUGAUCACCCGCAGGGAAGUUAUUCGACUGAGUUACAGUGGCUAUGAGUAUGUUAUGUAUGUAUAUUCUGAUGGGAAGGCCUGAAAGGCGCGAAUGUGUUUGCCUGAAAACCUCAACUGUCUUCAACUUAAACUGCGAUACAACCAUGUUCUGAAAUGGUGCAACAUCGCUGUGAGCUUUCUUUUUGGCCAUAACUAACAGGAAUAAUUAGGCUCAAGAUUUCCCAGUAUUGGCAAAUGCUCCUAGUAUGCUUGUAUACCAGCUCCUAUCCGUAUAAGACAUGUAUUUUAAAAUAUACAUAUAUAAUAGAGUUAAUAAUAUUAUUGUAGUUAUCAUGCUAAUAAGAUGUUUCUUGUUAUCUUUAUUGCAGUUCUUACCAACCAAGAAGUUUCCAAAUUAAAUGGAUCUCAACUCUAUGCUUUUGUCAAGGGCUGAGCUUCCCAUGUUCCAUUGUAUUUAGGAUUGUUCAAUGUUCUGCACAUCAAUUACCACAGUUUGAGCACGCUAAAUUCCGGGCCACUUUUAAUUUAUAACUUAUCACUCUGUAUUUCUGGCAACGUAUGAUGUCGAGCCAAUUUAAGCAGCACUCGUUCGCGGACUUGUGACUGCCUUCAGACAGGUAUCCACAGUUCCUAUCAAACCUGACUCAACUCAUAUUGAAGAACAAUGCCUUCUUGCUAGAUUGUUUAGUGUUAAACUUACAACGAGGAAAUCCUGAUUAGAUUGUAAUGUAUUUUCGCCGUGUGGUUUAUAAGUAAUUCAGAAGUGGUAUUUCUAGUCUUCACUUGAAAACGAAUCUCAAUAGAAAUAUAAUGAUCCUGCAAAACGACAUAGAAUUUUUGAGUUUAGAUACAUGUUACAGUUUAGUAGUAUUUGAAUAGAAAAAAUUUUGAAGGGGAUGAUCUUUCCUGUUUGGGGGAGGGGGAGGGGUGGGAUUAGCCUGAGAAAACAGCCGACAUUUCGUGACGCCACCAGCGGUUUCCCCGCCAAAUGACGUCUGAGAAACGAGCACAGAAAUUCUAUACUGAUGACGCGUAACUACCCAGAUCUGGGUAGCGCUUCUGAUUGGUUGAAGCAAAUUUCACACGCCCACGACCACGACUUGGAAAAGCUGAUGAAAUACCAAAGCUACUAGUGGAGGAUUUUCCUCGUGUGUAAAACCACGAGAAUUACAUUUCAUCUGUUUCACGUUACAGUAUAUCUCAGGCAAUCUCCGACUGUCAUUUAGAAUGGAAAGUCUGGUACCCUAAGCCAUUUUGUUAGUCUUUAAGCAAGUGCUUCAAAGUGAGUUUGCUCACAGACUCAGCACAGUUUGAAUGAAUUAAAAAAGUAUUUUAACUUCCUUUAUUGUUAUUACUCGCACUGGGAACUUUUAAACGAGAGUAAUAUGUCUCUUGAAGCGUUCGUGAUGAGUAAGAAAACUUGAUACGU